ACGGAGGGAGAAAAGGAGAGGAGGUGGGGAUGCUUCUGCGUGUGCUUAUCGGUCCUGUAGGUUCGGUCGGAGCCGGAUACAGAGUCUAACGCCGCGGCGAGACCGCCUCGGAGCCUCCCUCUUCCUCCUCGUCCCCUUUUCCGAGCUACCGUACGCGAUGUCCGGUGGGGGGGAUGUCCGCGUUCUCCGCCAAGAGGCCGGGCAAGAGAGUCCGAGGAUGCCGGCCUGGAAGCGAGAAAUCUUGGAGAGGAGGAAGGCGAAGGGCGGCGGUUCUGUGGGGAGCACCGCCCCGGAGACCGGACCCGGCGGGCAGCUGAACGGCGAGGCAGCGGCGAAUGUGAACGGCGGCGGCGGCGGAGCUGCCGGCGGGUCCGGGCGGAACUACAGCAUCACCACGGCCAGCCAGCACUUCAACAAAGAGCCGCGAGCGACGGAGAGGACGGCGCCGCGGGAGGAGGACGGCCGGGAGAGCCUGGUGCUGCAGGAGAGCCUGGGCCCGCUGCAGGAGAACCCGUUCAUCAAGCUGGAGAAGGAGCGCAGGAGGCGGCAGGACCGGGAGAGCGCCGCCCGCCCGGUGCAGCACAUCCUGGAGCUGUACGGCAGCGUGCCCGGCGUGCGCACCAUCCGCGCCGAGAACAUCAUCAUCAUCGAGUCCGAUCCCGACUACUUCCCGGAGUCCGGAGCGGGUAAAACCGGGGCCACCUGGCAACCAAACGGCGUGGACAGUUACAGCAGCCUGAACGACCUCCUGGACCGGAGGGGCAGCUCCGUUACCGAGAUCCGAGCCAAGGAGGUGGUCAUUUACGACACCACGUUGAGCAAGAGCGAGGAGAACCUGAGCACCCUGGGCCGCCCUGACCAGGAUGUCCCACGUGAUCCGGGCCAGGGUCAAGGUAGGGUCAGCCGGAUCCUGCAGAAGUUCGACAGCAACUACGGGAAGCUCCAGAAGAAGUCCCACAGCACAGAGAACCUGCUGGACCUGGACUGUAGUGCCAGUGGCAGGCCAAGACUUUGGUCCAAGCCACAGCCAGAUCUGGUGCCAAAACCCAGGCCGUGCCCGCCUGUCGGAGUCCAGCCAACGUCUCCAGUCUUCCAGAGUUCCUGCUCUUCCAAACCAAAGCCACAGCCUGUUGUCUCGGAGCCGUGUGACCCUCAGGGUCACCCCGGGGCGCCUCAGUCCGUGUCCUCUUACCGUCAGAGGUUUGAGGACCGUGGCCUCAACGGUGCAACUGUUGUCCCAAACGAUGAGCUGGACAGGGGGCAGAAUAGACUCCCCAGGGAGAGAGACUGGGAAGGGUCUGAGGUGUCCUCCAAACCCAAGGUGCCAUGCUCUCCAGAGACCCGCCAUGCCGAGUCCUCUCUACUCCCCGUCUCGUCCAAGGUGUUGAAGUCCUCCCCCGAGUUUGAGAUCCGCCCGUCCUUGAAGCCCGACCUGGAGCAGAUUCCUGACGGGGACGCCCAGGCCCGGGCCCUGGCCAACCUGCGCCUGCAGUCCCGGAACUCCUUCAUGGUGAUUCCCAAGCGCCGUCUCCAAACGCCUCCUCUACCCCCAGACCCCAUCAGGUCCUCGCCCCGAGCAGCAGAGGGGUCUCCAUCCAGAGUGCCAACCCCCCACGCCUCAACAACCCCCUUAAUGACCACUAAGAGGAAAGAGGAGAACCUGCAGGAGAAGGAACCUGAUCCACCUCCUGCUGCUGCCACAAGUCCUGCUCGACCUCCACCCUCUGAGCCCUCGCCUCCCUCCCCAGCUCCCUCGUCUCCACCUGUCCUGAUCUCACCUCCUUCCUCUCCAGCUGUCCCAUCCUCCCCUUCCUCCUCUCCUGUCUCGCCCCCGUCCCCCACAGCUCCAGCUGGACCCACCGUGGAUCAUCUGCCGGUAACAAACAUCGACGACAUCGAGGUGGAACCCUCCCAACGUGUUCCCAGCCCCGUGGUGCAGAAGACGAAGAAGGGGAACACCUUCACCGUGGUGCCCAAGCGUUCGGCGGAGCUCCAGAAGGGCCCCCCUGAGACCCAGCAGGAGGCUUCUGGUGAGGCCCCACCGGGCUCCGCAGCGCCCCAGGCCCCCUUCGCUCAGCUGGGCACCCAGCUGAAGAAACGCUACCCAGCUGUGGAGGAGAUCCAAGUCAUCGGCGGCUACCAGUCCCUCGCAAAGUCCUGCCUCUCCAAGACCGGCUCCUUGGGCAAGAAGCUGAGCAUCUCGUUCAACGAGUCGAGGCUGCAGAGCACCUACGAGUACCCGUCUGAGAGCAGCGCGUGGGACAGUGGCGAGGAGGACAGCGAGGACAAACGGGACGAGCAGCCGAGCAUGGUGGGACGGAUCCACAUCCCCCGGCCCGGCCUCAUCGGCUCGGACAACGGCAACGACCUUUCCAGCUACGUCCCCAAACACUCGGUGGACUUCAGCGCCUGGCAGGAGAACAAACACGAGGAAACCGUCCGGCUGGAAGACGCCGGCUCGCCGCAGAUCACCGAGGAGGUCAUGCUCACUCCGGCGGACAGCUCGUCUCUGUCCGACUACAGCAGCGAACCCGCCCUCUACUUCUGAUCGACCGUCUGCAGAACUCGCAGGAAGCCCAUGGCGCCCCCGCCCCACGGGGAGCAGCUUUAUUUUAAAUUUUUAUUUUCCCGCCACAGCUGUGGAGCUCCU